AAUAUUUAUUAUAUAAUUAUAGGUUCUUAUUGAACAUAUUCAAAAUCUUGAUCGAGCAUAUGAAUUUGCUGAACGUUGCAAUGAACCUGCAGUCUGGAGUUUAUUAGCCCAAGCUCAAUUGGUUCAAGGAAUGGUGAAAGAAGCAAUUGAUUCAUACAUUAAAGCUGGUGAUCCUUCUUCAUACAUAGAUGUUGUUCAGACAGCACAUAGAACUGAAAGCUGGGAGGACUUGGUUCGAUAUUUACAAAUGGCACGAAAGAAAGCUAGAGAAUCAUAUGUUGAAUCUGAACUUAUUUAUGCUUACGCAAAAACUAAUAGACUGGCUGACUUGGAAGAAUUUAUUUCUGGACCUAAUCAUGCAGACAUUCAAAAGAUUGGUGAUCGCUGUUUUGAAGAUGGAUUAUAUGAGGCUGCAAAAUUACUUUAUAAUAAUGUAUCCAAUUUUGCUAGAUUGGCAAUUACUUUGGUUCAUUUGAAAGAGUUUCAGGGAGCUGUGGAUAGUGCAAGAAAAGCAAAUUCUACCCGAACGUGGAAAGAAGUUUGUUUUGCCUGUGUCGAUAAUGAAGAAUUCAGAUUAGCCCAAAUGUGUGGUCUUCAUAUUGUUGUUCAUGCUGAUGAAUUAGAAGAUUUGAUUAAUUAUUAUCAAGAUAAAGGUUACUUUGAAGAAUUAAUUAGCCUUCUUGAAGCUGCAUUGGGUCUUGAAAGAGCACACAUGGGAAUGUUUACAGAAUUAGCUAUCUUGUAUUCCAAAUACAAACCAUCUAAAAUGAAAGAACACUUAGAACUUUUCUGGUCACGAGUGAAUAUCCCAAAGGUAUUGCGUGCAGCAGAACAAGCUCAUUUAUGGGCUGAAUUGGUAUUUUUAUAUGACAAAUAUGAGGAAUUUGAUAAUGCUGUAGUAACAAUGAUCAAUCAUCCAACCGAAGCAUGGCGAGAAGGACACUUUAAAGAAAUGAUAACAAAAGUUGCAAAUAUUGAAUUAUAUUAUAAGGCAAUACAAUUUUAUUUAGAUUAUAAACCUAUGCUACUGAAUGACUUACUUCUGGUGCUGGCACCUCGCAUGGAUCACACAAGAUCAGUUAAUUUCUUCACUAAGGUAAAUUUUUAAUCAUUUGAAAAGAUU